ACACAAACUAAGAUAUUAUCUCCCUCACAUUUUGCUGUUAAAUUUCACCCACAUUUUUACAAAAAAAGAUUGUUGUUUAGUAGACACAACACGUGCAUCACGGGGUUUGAACUGUAGAAGAUUAUACCUGCAAAUAUGUGCUGCUCUUGUUGACUUCCGGUUGUAGGUUUCCGACCCUUAGAGGGCAGCAGCAACACACUCAUCUUUUAUCACCGCUGACCCGCGCAACUCGCCUGAGAGGAGCAAACAAAUAAAGACAACACACGUCUGAGACACAAUGAGUUUUGACGUGAAGAAACUGAAAGUCAACGAACUAAAAGAGGAGCUCCAGCGCCGCGGCCUGGACACUAAAGGCCUCAAGGCAGACCUGGUGGAGAGGCUGAAAGCCGCUCAGGAGGCUGACGCUCAGGCUGAUGCCUCGGAGCAAGGGGAGCAGGAAGAUGUAUACGGUCAGGACUUGCAAGACAACGAAGAUGGAGAGGAUGUCCAAGAGCAACCAGAUGCAGAAGUAGCUGAGGAGGAAGGUGAAGGUGACGACGAUGGUGAUGACGAAGGUGAAGGUGAUGGUGGUGACGAAGGUGAUGUUCCUCAAGAGGAAGAUGAGGGUCGUGAUUCAGGUGGUUACUACGAGGACGAGGAGGUGGAAGGCGAGCCUUAUGAGAGUCAACCAACUUCCGACUCGGGUCACAGCAUGCCUGACUUAACAGCAGAUGUUGAUAUACAGAAAUCCGAUGUGAUGUCCAAGGAAGAGCCCAAGCCUGUUCCAGAGCCAGAGGAGAAGGUUGAAAACAAACAAGAAGUCAAAGUUGAGGUCAAAAUGGAAGAUGACCCUGAGGCUGCUGGAGACCCACAGCAGGAUAGUCAAGGGACAGAACAUCCGGACGUGCAAGGUGCCACAAAUCAAGCUGAGCAAGUCAAAGUGGAAGCUGAAAAAAGUGGAAACUAUGGCCGCAAGAGACCACAUGAAGAGAGCAGGAGCUACGGCUACUAUGAGCACCGUGAGGAAAAAAGAUCCCGCACACCACAGCCCCCUGCUGAAGAUGAGGAGGAGCCCAUAGAUGACACUCUUGUAACAAUUGAUACAUACAACUGUGACUUGCAUUUCAAAGUGUCCCGAGAUCGCUACAGUGGUUACCCACUGACCAUUGAAGGCUUCGCUUACCUGUGGGCUGGAGCCCGAGCUACACAUGGUGUCACCAAGGGUCGUGUGUGUUAUGAGAUGAAGGUCAAUGAGGAGAUUAAUGUAAAGCACCUGCCUGGAAGUGAGCCAGAUCCCCAUGUGGUCAGAAUUGGAUGGUCACUCAACCACUGCAGCACUCAGCUUGGCGAGGAGCCUUUCUCCUUUGGAUAUGGAGGAACAGGAAAGAAAUCUGUCGACUGUAAGUUUGCAGACUUUGGUGAGAAGUUUGGUGAAAAUGACGUCAUCGGCUGUUACAUUGACUUUGACAAAGGUGACGAGGUGGAGAUAGGCUAUUCCAAAAAUGGAGUAUCAUUGGGAGUGGCUUUCCAGACAACCAAGGAGGCCCUGGCAGGCCGUGCCCUGUUCCCUCACGUCCUGGUGAAGAAUUGUGCUGUUGAGUUCAACUUUGGACAGAAGCAGCCAUACUUUCCCCAACCAGAGGGAUACACCUACAUCCAUGAUCUCGGCAUGGAGGACAAGAUCAGAGGCACUAAGGGACCUGCCAGCAAGUCUGAAUGCGAGAUCUUGAUGAUGGUUGGCCUGCCUGCCUGUGGAAAGACCACUUGGGCCAUGAAGCAUGCAGCGACUAACCCUGAGAUGAAGUACAACAUCCUGGGCACUAAUGCCAUCAUGGACAAGAUGAAGGUGAUGGGUCUGCGUCGCCAGAAAAACUACUCUGGGCGCUGGGAUGUUCUGAUCCAGCAGGCCACCCAGUGUUUGAACAGGCUGAUUGAGAUUGCUGCCCGCAAGAGACGCAACUACAUCUUAGAUCAGACAAAUGUAUAUGGAUCAGCAAGGAGACGAAAAAUGCGUCCUUUUGAAGGUUUUCAACGCAAGGCUAUUGUAAUUUGUCCCACGGACGAGGAUUUUAAAGAACGAACAUUAAAGCAAACCAAUGAGCAGGGGAAGGAUGUGCCCGAUCAUGCUGUUUUAGAAAUGAAAGCCAACUUUACUGUCCCAGAGGCUUGCGACUUCCUGGAGGCCGUGACGUUCAUUGAGCUGCAGCGCGAGGAGGCUGAAAAUCUGCUGAAGCAGUACAAUGAGGAGGGCCGCAAGGCUGGCCCGCCCCCUGAUAAGCGCUUUGACAACAGGCAGGGCGGGUUCCGUGGGCGUGGCGGCGGUAGCUUCCAGCGGUACGACAGCCGUGAUGGAUCCCGUGGUGGCUACCAGAACCGCAGUGCGGAUGGAAGCAGUGGAUACAGAGGAGCAGGCUACACUCGUGGCGGCUAUAGCCAGAACCGCUGGGGCAGCAGCUACCGCGACGGAGGUUCUGAUGCACGUGCUGGAUAUAGCCGCAGCCAGCCGUCUGGAGGAAGCUACAAUCGCCCGGCCCCUUACACCAAGGGAGCAUACAGCCAGGGCUACAGCCAGAGCUACAAUCAAGGCUACAACCAGGGCAGCUACAACCAGAAUUACUACGGCAACUACAGUCAGUACCCAGGAUACAGCCAGAGCUACAGCCAGACACCUACCACUGCACCGACGUACAACCACCAUCAGCAACAGCCACAGCAGCAGCCGCAACAGCCGGCACAACAGCCACAGCAGCAGCAACAGAGCUACAACCAGCAAUAUCAACAGUAUGCUCAGCAGUGGCAGCAGUACUACCAGAACCAGAACCAGUGGAACCAGUAUUACAGCCAGUACGGCAGCUACCCUGGACAGGGCAGCCUAGGCUCAUCUUCUGGUUCCCAGUAGCUUCGCUUUGCAUUUGUACCUGCAUCCACCUGUGUCCUAAACACUCUGACCUCUGCAGCAAAUUGGUUUUGUACAGUCUCACAUUAAGUCCCCAACCAUAACUUUCUCUGUCUGGCUUAACAAAGUAGCCUUCAUUCCUUACCAAUCAAUGUGCACAGAAACUGUACACAGUUUGUCCUUUCAUUUUUUUUUUACUGAAUGAAGUCUUACUCUAAGCAGUGACUGUGAGGUGGUAGAUGAUAGGUAUCAAAACAUUUAAUGAAUGUUAUCUAUUAUGCAUUUAAUGUGGAUGUCUGUUGAACUGCAAAGUCCACAUUUCCUACAGAUUGAAGAGUUAAUUGUAUAAUCCUAGGAUGCAUAGUGUGAAAACGUGACGGGGCAGGAAAAUACAGCAAGGCCUGAAUAAUUUUGCUUGUUUUGAGAAGCUUAACAAAGAACAAAAUGCAUGCUUUUACCUUCACAACCCUUUCCUCUGUCUUGCUCUUUACUUUUCAGUGUCCGAGUGAGCCACACCAAUAGAAUUUCAAACAUUAUGAAACCUUUUUUAUAGGUGUUGAUACUGUAGUAUUUAAGCGUUAAUCCAGUCUUUGAGAAGAAUAUUUUGCCACUCUUGAGUAGUUGUAUGUGCAGUUUUUUUUUUUUAUCCCUUUUGUGAUUGCUGUUCAUUGAGUCCAGUAGUUAAAUCUAGUUGUCAAACUCAUUUUUUUUCUACCAGAAAAUGAAAAUCUGAUGACCAGUUACCCGAGCUGUCUUCUUGUCUUUAUACAAUAAAUGCAAUUGUAUACGCCUUGA